AGGGAAAACAUGUUUAUAAUAAACUAAUACAAAUUUUCUCUAUUUCAGCAAUGAUGAUGCUAUAAAAAAUGAACCAGAUGGGGGGCAAGAUUACAAUGUAUCUCCAAAUCCAGGUUCUACUUGGAGAAAUGUAAAUGGGAAAACAACAGUUUUAUAUAUAAUGGAUAGAUCAGUUAAUAGCCACACAAAAAGUGCCUACAUACAAGUUAUGAGAGAGCUUGAAAGAGGAUCAUGUGUAAUAUUUAAAGAAACAACCUCUACAAACCAGAAAUACUUAACCUUAACGGUUGGAAGGGACUGCUAUGACAGAUAUGAUACUGGAGUUGCUGGUGGGGUUACCACUGGUGCGGCAUUGAAUCAAAAUCAGACUCUAAAUCUGAGCCAUAAACUGUGUAGUUCUAACAGUAGGGAUAACGUUAAAUACUUGAAAGUAGUACGUCAUGAGUUUCUUCAUGUUUUUGGCCUGAUGCAUACACAAACUAGAAAGGACAGAGACAAUUAUGUUUGGGUUGACACAAGCAAUAUUAAGGACACUAAGGAAGCACAGUAUGAAAUAUGCAUGGACUGUAAAACAUUUGAUGCUCCAUAUGAAUGCAAUUCUAUAAUGCACUACGAGGCUAAUACCUUUGCUAAAAACCAUAAUAAAGAUGUUAUGUAUUCCAAAGUAUGCAAAAUAAACCCUGGCGAUACUUUGACUGACUGGGACUGGAAACUUUUAAAUAAAGCAGCAAAGUGCCCUGGAAGUUAGUCAAAUUGAUUAUUGCUUCGGAAUCUGA